AAUUCUACAGAUAGAGAUUUUAAAUCUCCAUUCGUUCCCUCCCCCCCAUUUGCCUCCUCCCCACUCAAGAACUUGUUCUCCCGUCGUCCACCUCACGCACGACGUCCCUCCCGAUGGACCGCAUCAGCGCGCUCGAUGACAAGGUCCUCGGCCGCAUCGUCUCCCUCCUCCCCCUGAAGGAAAUGCUCCGCACCUCCGUCCUCUCCCGCCGCUGGCGCCGCGUCUGGACCGCCGCCCGCGCCUUCGACUUCACCGGAGCUGAAGUCGAUUGCUUCGAUGUGGACGUCUACAUCUCCAGAAUCGACAGCUACCUGGACCAGCUGUCUGCCUCGUCCUCCUGCACGGACAUACACUUUAUCUUCUUCCCCGGCAUCCAAGACCCUCAAGCCGCCGACCGCUGGAUCCGCUUCGCCACCGACCACAACGUCGCCACCCUCGUAUUUGACCUCCGGAUCGGCCGCCCCGUCCGCCUCUCCUUCUCCAGCUUUCAGUUAUGCCGCAGCCUCACCACCCUCGAAAUCUGCGGCUACAUCAUGCCCCGGCUCGCCGCGUACCCCUUGGGCCCUGCCUUCCCCUCUCUCCGCUCCCUCUCCCUCUACGACGUCACCAUCGCCGAUCCGCGGACGUUUUUCGCACAGUGCCCGGUGAUCGAGCGCCUCACCGUGGAGUUCCCCGACGAUGACCGCGAUCAUCUCCUCCCCGCCUCGGCCCUCCGCUCCUGCCCCCUCCUCUCCACCAUCAGCCUCACCGACUGCACCGUCCCCCGCGAACCCCCCUCCGCCGGCCCUCCCGCCUUCCCCUCCCUCCGCGCCGCCAGACUCGAAAACGUCCGCGUCGCCGCUCCCCAGUCACUGCUCGACUCGUGCCCCGUCAUCGCGGAGCUCACCAUCCAGAGCCCUCCGGAAGGUUUCGCCUUCCGCCUCGACCGCCGCCACACCGUCUCCACCCUCCGGAUCAUCGGUCGGAACUUCCCCCGCCUCUCCCUCCCCUCCCUCUCCCCCUCCCUCCGCACGCUCGCCCUCUGCGAUCUCAAAAUCACCAACCCGCCGGCGCUCAUCCAGGCAUUCCAGGGGCUCGAGGUCCUCCUCCUCAAAAGAGUCCGGAUCGAGCCCGGAGCCGAUUCGGGAAUCCAGGUUCGGGCGCCGAGGAUGAGGCACCUCAUGGUGCAGGAUUCCAAGGGCCUCGGCCUCGUCGCUGUCACCGACACUCCCCAGCUCUGCCGCCUCUUCUGCUGGGGCGACAUCCGCCAUCUGAGAGUGUUCAGAUGCGCCGUCCCGAAGCUGGAGGAGGCCUUUCUGCAUUGCAUGGUCAAGAAUCCUUAUGGCGGAAAAUACUACCUGUGGAAGAACUUGAUGCAGCCGCUCUCCCACGUUAGGCUGUUGUCUGCCAACUGGUGGUUCAUUUGUGAGCUUCUACAUUGGAAUGCACAAGCUUAGUCGAGAUUUUAUGACGAAGUUUUAGUUCUGUACCAGUAUAUUGUUUUACAUGAAUAUUCACACAGAGACAUUGAACAUAGGUGCUUCUUGCUCCAAUUUGUCGUGUUGUGAAGAUGGUUAGAGUAAGGUAGCUGUGUAGUAUUAGUUGAUAGCACUUAGCAGAGAAUGUGAUGCACCAGCAAAGAAUAGUGGCGUUGUUGGGGUUGAAGGUGUGAUCAGGAAUGAUUUUUUUUUUUUUUUAAAGAAAAGCAUGUUUAAGGUUCUGCUAUGCCAGAGAGAGAUUUUACAAGAAGAGCAAAAUCAGCAUUCUAUUAAGAGGCAGCAUUUCGUGCCUUGACGUGCAUCAUGGAUAUUUUCAUAUCUACUCCAAACAGGUUAUGCUGUGCCAGAUUACACAAGCUUGGUGAGUAGCUGAACCAAACAGAACCUGAAAAUAGGGUGUGAUGAGACUAAAUUUGGGAGAAAGUCCAAGCUGAGAUGAAGCUGAAAAUGCAUUAGGAUAAUAGCAUUGGAGAGCGGAGCCAAUACUGCUGGGCCUUGUUAGCAGAGCUAACUACUAAAUAUAGACUCCAGUGUGAAUGACAGGAUAUUGAACUAAUACAAGGAGCACCUGGAUUUUGAACGAAAAGGACACAAUUAAGCUACAGAUGUGACUUUCAAUUCUUCCUUCUACCUCCGAUUAUUGUCGUUGUCGUUCUUUUCUGCAUGAAUGGCAGAAAGAUUUUCAUGGUGCAAGUGCUAACUUUACGUGCUACAAAAUGUGGCACUACUUUGUUGUUAAUUCCAAAUGACUGCAUAGAUAUAUUUCUGACACUACGCAUAAAAGCAAUUUGCUAUAUAUGUUCUUUCGCCUUAUUAUGAUGCUUUCUCCUGAAAGUUUAUGCAAGGGUGUCCUGUUGGGAGUGAGAAGCUGAUAUUUGACAAACUCAAAGAGUUCCAUUGGUGGCCUGUGUUCAAGAAAUAUGCAGUAGACCCAUUUGGGCAGUGGUACACCAAAAGGCUAUCGCCCAUCGUUGUUUUGUCACUUCUUCAUUUCCUUGAGUGUUGCCCGAACGUACAGCACCUAUGCGUUCUUGUAUGCUCUUCAAUUGCCUCCGCAUCAUGUUGCUUCUCGCGUUUGGUUUCUUUAAUAUAACUUUCCGCCUUUCAAAUGUUCAGAGCACGUAUGCUAUACCGGAGAGCCCACCUCCAGUAGUCCCCUCAGCAGAAGAAAAUGUAGAUGAAUUUUUUAUCAAGAUGGAGAAUGAUUUUGAUUUAAACCAAAUCGAAGGUUUGCGGAUCGUGCAAAGAGUAUCG